ACGGGAAGUUCAUAGGUGGAUCAAAAAUAAGUUCACAGCAUCCACUAAGGCCAAUAUUGAAGAGGCCCCACUGGGAGGUAAUCUUAGUUUCUGCACAUGUCUACUGCCUCCUUGUGUAGCGUAAACGAUGUGAAGGUAUUGUAAGUACUACUUGGGGUAAGACUCUUACACUACUGGAUGAUGCGAGUAGAUACUGAUGAGGAUAAGGUAGCAGUAAAAGAGUGGCAGUUCGCUAUAUCACUCAUUGUUGGAGGGACAAUAUUGUUUAUCGCCGUAUUAUUGUUAGCGAAGUUGCACUGUUGCCAGAGACAGCCAGCGUGUCUCCGUCAGCAGGUGCGUCAGCUGUCGUGGUGCUCGAUGGUGGUGGUGGUGAGUCUCGAUCCUGACUUUCUCAUCGCAUUCGCGGAGUGGUCUCUGAAGGGAAGGCUGCUGGUGUGGACCACCAAGCUGCUGGUGGUGAGCCGCCUGACAACUACGCAGCUCCAGGACCUUCUGCCCGCCCACUGGACUUUCUCCAUGAUGAACACAGUGUUUCUCAACAUGGAGGGCAACACUGAGCAGCCUCGGUAGUGAUGUAUUGCCAUUUGUAUUGAUAUAUGUAUGUACAGGAAAGCCUCCAUCUCUUAUAUACGUUGUUCAUCACUGCCACAACACGCUGGACAAACAUGAUCUAAUAAUGUGAAGUAUGGCUGGAAGUUGCACCGAGCGUGGAGUAACUGAUUUAUUUAUGAUGAUGCCAUUUAAUUUCAUGGCGGUGAAACAGCUGCGGCUGUAAUAUAUACAUUCCUAUCUAGUAAUUAUUUCACAACAGGUGUGGUGUAAUGUAUGUGUCGAUUACAGUCUUAUGGAUAUGUGCAGGUGUGGUAUGUACACGUACUUGCCGUACAGCAAAGGUGGCUCCCAGAUGGUGAAGAUCGCCUUCUGGACACCAGCUCACGGCUUCAAACACCUCUCUUCUGUCUCCUUUUUCCAGGACAAAUUCCAAAAUUUCUACGGUGCCAAAGUGAACGUGACAUCCGAACCCUACAUGCCUUACUGGGACGAGGAAGAGGUGCUGGCCGCUGAUGGUUCCAAGACAAUCGUGUACCGUGGCUCUGACUACCGCAUGGUGGAAGCUAUUGCCUCGGCUCUUAAUUUUACUGUCCGCGUCCUUCCGACGUCAUCGUGGACUGAGGUAACAAGUCUGGUGGAGGAGAAGACUUCACUGAUAUCUCCAAUUCUUCAUAGUGUCAUACCUGAGCGCGUCGAAAGACUUGACUUCACUUACUUAUACGAAUAUUCUUAUGCGUCAUUUGGUUUGGCUAAACCCGACCUAGAGCCUCGAUGGAAAAGCGUUUACUAUCCUCUGUCUACUGGAGUGUGGGCAGCAGUGAUUGGACAUAUCGUCUUCUUUCCAUUCCUUUUGUGGCAGCUCAUUCGUGCAGGACAUGAUGGACACACAGACGUGGGUGUGGGGGCAGUGUUCCAGGACAUGGUGGGGAUGCUGCUCGGCCAGAACCUUCCUCGUUGGCUGUCCCACACCUCCUCCAGCAGAGUUCUGGUGGCUGCCUGGCUGAUAUUCGCUCUCAUCCUCGGGCUGGCCUACCGGGGCAACUUGACUGCCUCUCUCACCUUUCCCAAGUAUCCACCGCGCCCAGAGACACUCAAGGAAAUAAUCGACAGUGUUGACAUGGUAACGAUGCCUAGUUACGGUAAACACUUCCGUAAAUUCUACAGUGACUCUGAGUCUCCAUUAUUUCAAGCUCUGGGCAGCCUUAUGAACCCUGGACCUUCACUCAUGGAGGGGCUCAAGAUGGCGUUGGUGAUAAGAAGCAGCCAUCUAGAUGCAAGAAAGUACAUUCAGCAUGCAAUUCUUGAUAAAUUUACGGAGAAAGACGGCAGCACCCCUCUGUACGUCACUCGUGGGACCGUCUCUCCUAACCCUUGUGGAUGGCCAAUCCCACACGACGCGCCGUACAAGUCUCACUUAGACAGGUUGAUCUUGGCCACUUUGGAGGCUGGCCUCUAUGAUAAGUGGACAGCAGACUUGAUGAGGGAGACGAAGCUCAGGAGUCAGAGGAGACAACGGCAACGUCACGCUGCAGGUCACGAAGGCCAGGCAGAACCAAGGGCCGUAAAUGAGGAUGGUCUACCAACCCUCACGAUUAACCACACGCAGGGCGCCUUCAUCCUUUUCCUGCUGGGUCUCGUCUUUGAUAUACUCGUAUUUUCCAGUGAGCUGCUAUGUAAGAUUUAACGGUUCAAAUAAAAUCUGUGGCCAUUAAACAAUAAA